AUGGCUCUCACAAAAAUCUCCUUAGUCCUUUUCCUUUGCCUCUUAGGCUUAUACUCUGAAACCGUCAAGUCUCAAAACUGCGGCUGCGCUUCAAACUUCUGUUGCAGUCAGUACGGUUACUGCGGUACCACCGAUGAAUAUUGCGGUGCUGGGUGCCGAUCAGGCCCUUGCAGAGGCAGCGGAACCCCUCCCGCUGGUGGUGGUUCGGUUGGUAGCAUUGUGACACAAGGUUUCUUUAACGGUAUUAUCAACCAAGCCGGUGGUGGUUGCGCCGGAAAGAAUUUCUACACCCGUGAUUCUUUCGUUAACGCCGCUAAUACUUUCCCCAACUUUGCUAACUCCGUUACUAGGCGUGAGAUUGCUACCAUGUUUGCUCAUUUCACCCACGAGACUGGACAUUUCUGCUACAUAGAAGAGAUUAACGGAGCGUCACGUGACUACUGCGACGAGAACAACAGGCAAUACCCAUGUGCAGCGGGUAAAGGCUACUUCGGUCGUGGUCCGAUCCAACUAUCAUGGAACUACAACUACGGAGCGUGUGGUCAGAGUCUCAACCUUGACCUUCUACGGCAACCAGAGCUAGUGGGUAGCAACCCAACUGUCGCUUUCAGGACUGGUCUGUGGUUUUGGAUGAACAGCGUAAGGCCGGUACUGAACCAAGGAUUUGGAGCCACCAUUAGAGCCAUCAACGGUAUGGAGUGUAACGGUGGGAAUUCAGGUGCCGUGAAUGCAAGGAUUAGGUACUACAGAGACUAUUGUGGACAGCUUGGUGUUGACCCUGGUGCUAACCUUAGCUGCUAG